UAUAGCACCGGGAGGCCAUUGUGGCUGGGGCAGCGGGAGGCGGUGGUUGGGGCCGGACCCGCCGCGUCCGACCCAGAUUUUGAAAACUUACCAGGUCCCUGAGAGAGAAAACUACAUGACACUACACCAUGACUGACAGUAAAUGUGAUAGUCAAUUUUACAGUGUUCAAGUUGCAGAUUCAACAUUCACUGUGCUAAAACGUUACCAGCAAUUGAAGCCCAUAGGAUCAGGGGCACAGGGCAUUGUUUGUGCUGCGUUUGAUACAGUGCUUGGAAUCAAUGUUGCUGUGAAGAAGCUGAGUCGUCCUUUUCAGAACCAAACCCACGCAAAAAGGGCCUACAGAGAGCUCGUUCUGUUAAAGUGCGUCAAUCACAAAAAUAUUAUUAGUUUAUUAAAUGUAUUUACACCACAGAAGUCACUAGAAGAAUUUCAGGAUGUUUUNUUGGUUAUGGAGCUGAUGGAUGCAAAUUUGUGCCAGGUUAUUCAUAUGGAAUUGGAUCAUGAAAGAAUGUCUUAUCUUCUUUACCAAAUGCUAUGUGGUAUUAAGCAUCUCCACUCAGCUGGUAUCAUCCACAGAGAUUUGAAACCCAGCAACAUAGUAGUAAAAUCAGAUUGCACGCUAAAAAUCCUUGAUUUUGGACUGGCAAGAACAGCAUGUACUAACUUCAUGAUGACUCCAUAUGUGGUAACACGGUAUUACAGAGCACCAGAGGUUAUCCUUGGAAUGGGAUAUAAAGAGAAUGUUGAUAUCUGGUCAGUUGGGUGCAUCAUGGGAGAAUUGGUGAAAGGUUGUGUGAUAUUCCAAGGCACUGAUCAUAUUGAUCAAUGGAAUAAAGUUAUUGAACAAUUAGGAACACCAUCCACAGAAUUCAUGAAGAAACUGCAGCCUACAGUGAGGAAUUAUGUWGAAAACAGGCCAAAAUAUCUCGGUAUUAAGUUUGAAGAGCUCUUCCCAGACUGGAUAUUUCCAUCAGAAUCUGAUCGUGACAAGUUAAAAACCAGCCAAGCUAGAGAUUUAUUGUCAAAAAUGCUUGUAAUAGAUCCAGACAAGAGAAUUUCUGUAGAUGAAGCCUUACGUCAUCCUUAUAUUACUGUCUGGUAUGAUCCAGCUGAAGCAGAAGCUCCUCCACCUCAAAUCUAUGAUGCACAAUUGGAAGAAAGAGAACAUGCAAUUGAAGAAUGGAAAGAAUUAAUAUACAAAGAAGUUAUGGAUUGGGAAGAAAGGAGCAAGAAUGGUGUGGUAAAAGAUCAGCCCUCAGAUGCAGCAGUGAAUAGCAACACCAGUCCUUCCCAGUCAUCAUCUAUCAAUGACAUUUCAUCCAUGUCAACAGAGCAAACAUUGGCCUCAGACACAGACAGCAGCCUGGAUGCCUUGACAGGACCCCUCGAAGGAUGUCGAUGAUCAGCCACGAUUGCAGACUUGACUUUGGAAAAGAACUCUUGUUUCCAUUGGGCCUGAAUUGCUUGUGAGUUAAUGGAACCAAGUAGAAAAACUCCAUGUUCUGCAUGUUCUGCCUGUUGUUUUUUUUACUCAGUUGUUAUGAAAUUGCCUGCUUAAUGUUAUAGAAUAAAAGMAAAUCAAUGUCUAAAGAAAAAAACUUUUAAAUUUAGACACUAUUAUAGGCUUUUCUUUGUUUCAGCCUAUUUCAGGUGAGCAGUUAUAAUAGACUUUUAGCCAAUAACUCCUCUUAAGUAGGUUCAUCAAUCUCCAGUCCCAAGUGGCAGGCUUCUGUGACACAGUGGUUGUUUACAUUUUAGUACAGUAUUGCUCAUUAGUAGGUUUUUUGAAUGUAUAGUCCCUAUGAAGUUUGUUUCAAUGUGUGACUGUGGCAGUUUGCUUUAUUUAACAACUGGAGUGUUGUGUGUAAGUGUGAGCUCACAUGUAGAAUACUCUCAGUACUAUGUUUAAAGGGCAGUUUUUCUUCCACAUAGCACUUUGUUUUUUAAUUAAGCCCUUUCUAUCUUCACUUUUCAGCAAUUCUCUCUUCUUGUAGAAGAGAUAAACGUGAAAUUUAAAGCAUAAAGCCAUUACUUUGUAUUUCACCUGAGUGUCUAACUUUUUCUGUCUCUUGAAUGUGGAUGGAAGGUACAGUAGCUUAAACAAAUCUUGAGGAAGGAUGAGUGACUUUUCUGUGAAGCAGUGCCUGUUUAGAGGAGGAGAGUGUGCUAAAAUGUCCUGUAUUUUCUAGCUUGUGAUACUCAUCCUUUAACAAACUUUAAACAGAAGAAAGUUUAUCUGUGAUGCUCUUCAUUCACUGCAAACUGAUAAAAGGAGAAAUGGCUUGGAGAGACUUGCAGCCUCAAAAAGCUGCAURAAUAUUUUCCAUUUUUUUAAUGGGUCCAUUCUAUCUAGUGAGUAAUUAAAGAAAUAAAAGUACAGUAGUUCUGAGUCACUUGUAAAUUAAUAUUUAGUUAACAGAGCUUAGCUCUAUUCUUGCCUUAGGAAAACAUCUCUAUUUGUAGUGGAGAAGACAAACAUAAUAAAUACAUAUUUCCUAAAUGCAGUGUCAGACAAGAGGAGGAGGUUAUUUGCUAUUUCCAUACAGACUUAUCAAUACUGUUUUCAGAAUCAGAUAAUACAAAMUUGCCUGUUACAUUGCACAAUCUGUUGAAUUAGAAAAUGCAUUUGCAGUAGAGUAGGGCUUAAAUUCCUUUGUAACACAUAUGACUUUGUGCAUGUUCACUUUGGAAUGCACAGGUGAAACUUAGCUAAAGGAUYUCAUGUGUGCAUUUGUGUGACUAAACUAUAGAACUGUAAUAGAGAUGUACAAGAUGAGUGUAAAACACCACUUUCUUAAAGGCACUAUGUUUAGCUGUUGAUCAGAUGCUCUUGUCUUGAAUAUAUAUAUGGAACCUGUAAAAUAUACUGGCCCAGACAGCCACUGCAUUACUGACAUACUUCUCUUGGAAAACACAAUUGUCCAUUGUUCCACACUUUAUGACUAGAAAAGCAGCCCUUUCUCCUUAUGCAAACAUUGCUUUUAUAUUAAAAGUUUAUCCUUUUUUAGUAGCUUAAUUUGUUGUAGCAAAAAAUAUUUAGAUUUUAGUGUCCCAGAAAAUUUCAAAAACCAAAUUAAUUAGUGUUAAAUUCAGAAUUGUAUUCUGGCAUCUCUGAUUUUUAAAAUUGUAUUUAAUUGAAUUGCAAGAUACUAGGGCUUGUGUUUUUCCAUAUUGCUUGGUUUUAAACCUAUGGAUAAGUUACUUUUAUUUUGAAUACUGAUGGUAUAUGUGAAAUACUUUUAGGGCAUUCUUGUCACUGGGAAAACGUUUAAAAAUACCUAUCUACCAUACAGCAGAACAGUACGGUUUGCUAUUCAUUUGCUUUUUUUAGUCCUUAUUUGUGUAAGUUAAAAUAGCUGAAGACACCUUUUUACAAUGAACAAUUAGUGAUUCAUUAUGGAAGUCAUCUGCUGGAUUUAAUUUUUCAAGACUUUAAAAUUUUUCAGCUGGAGGURCACUGUGCUAUGUUAAUUUUAACUGUUCCUGCUUUAGAAGACUUAAAGAUUUAUUUCUUUUUCCCCAUGUGGUUUGAAUAUUCACAGCRUUGAAUGUUUCCUGUUGGACUUGGCUGCUCAGCACAAUGGAGGGUUGGACCAGAUGACCUCCAGGUCUCUUCCAACCUAAAUUAUUCUGUUGAUUCACAUUGUCUUUUAAUGUUUUUACCAAAACUGUCCUGUCUUCACAACUUGAGCCRGUAUCUGACCUUCUCCUAGUACAUACUGUUAGCUUGAAGAUACACUCUUGGAGCAAGAAAAGAAGCCUCAACCUUGAAAUUAACUGAGUUUAUUUGCAGGGAAAGCUGUCUCAUAUCUGAUUUUUUUAAUGUCUUCUUGCUUUGGCAUACAUUGAAGUGUAAUUAUAGAAUGCCUUCAGAGCAUGCAUGAAAUGUCUGUGAAUAUUGUAGAUUCUGAAUCCAGCUUAAUUCAAAACCAAAUUGCAAAUGCACCUGGGUCUCCAGAGGACAUAUAUGCAGAUGAUAUCCACCCAAACCCGUGCAGGUGCAUGCUGCAGUUCCCAGGCUAUCCCACUGUGCACGUGUAGGCCCUCAAUGCACUGCAUGCAGCUUCUCCCCAUAUCACUGUUCCUGACUGCAAGGGAAAUUCAGUGCCACGUUUGUGACAUGGUUGUCAAUGCUGCGAGAGCCUCCUCGCUGAUGGAARACAAAAUGCAAUGUAACUUGACAGGGGUUUAAAAAUUAAGAGAGUGUGGUGUGCAAUAUAAUCACUUUUAUUCCUAAUACUAAAAUUGUGUAUGUAAAGUGAUGCAAUUGACCAUUUUUUUGCACUUUGGCAUUUAUAAAUAUUUAUAUGUAUUUAAAGAUUAAGAAUAUGUGCGUGUAUACAUAGAUAUUAAGAAAACAGCUCAGUUUUGUAAACAUGAAUGUUACUUUCCUUUGAGAGACUUUGUAUAGUGUUAACACUACUGCAGUAUACAUAGACAAUUUAUGAGCUAUGACUAAAAUAAAUGGUGGUCACCAUAGAUACAAUCUGUAAACUUAACUGCUCACCUGAAAAAGAAAGGGAUCUUUGGCUAUCAAUCAGAUAAUUUACCAGAAACUUGUUAAACAUCUCAACACUGAGUAGCUGAAUGGCAUUGCAGAAAUGGAGUAUGUUUCAAACAGUUMAUUUCAUCUGUGCUCAUAUAAUUUUUCCUCAAAAAAACCUUAGAAAGAAAAGCUUGGCAUUUUGCAAUCUGGGCAAGCAGCCUGUAAGUGUACUUUGAGGAAAUACUGUGAUAUGACAAGUCUAGGUCUUUAUGGAAAAAGACAAGAAACGAAUGUCAAAAUUAAGGCUUUGUCUGCAUGGAUCAUACAAACUAAACUAGUCUAAGGACUGGAAACUACAGUUUGAAAACAGCCUUUGAAGCUUUGUAAUGUUUCCAUCACGGAUUUGCAUUUUCUUGUCAAAAUAAUGAAAAACUCAACCUUGACUAGAAAUUAAGUAGUUGGUUUGAGAGUUUCAAAAGCUSUUAGGAAACAGAGGGCUCUUGAGGUUUUGUCUUUUUUUGCAUCCUAACAGAGGGUAUGUGUUUACUCCAAAUUAAUUAAAAGAAAAAAAGAAGCUAUUCCAUAUGUUUAAUUUUUCUUUCUUAAAGGAAGGACCUUAAAUGCUAAAUCGCUUUCCUUAAAAUUAUAAUUUUAUGGAUGAAGUAGGAUUUAGCUAUCCAAAACACAGCUGACAUACAGARUCUCCAAGGACAGGGUGGGUGAGCCUUGUGUUGUCACAAGGGUCACCCUCGAGCUGGGAGGUCACAGCUCCAGUGCAGACAAACCUUUGUGGUCAUUGGGGAGCGCGGGUUCAGCCUUGCAGCAGCGCAGAAUGUUUGGGGUAAAUGCUGAACUUUGUCUGCAUAUUUUACAUGUGUCAUGGAUUCUAUCAGGGCUUGAUGCUAAACAUAGUGAGACCAUAUACUGGUAACCACAUUCUUUCCUGGGAUGUGUGUUGUGUAAUUCCUGCUCAAAAUUGAUUUUGAUCCGGGGACACCUGCACCCAGAUGCAGAAUUUGGACUUGAGUUCUAUAAUGAAUMUAGGGAUUUCUUUGCUUUUCCAGAGUGUCUUGAAUUUUUUUUUUUUAACAUGUUGAAAUAUGACAAAAAAAAGGAUUCUGGCUCAUUAUUUUACAUAUUUUAGAUUUGUCUUUUACAUGAGUGAUGUUCUAAAAGCUUCUUACACAAGUUGUCAAAUCAGUUUUGGUUUUUGCCCGCUYUGCAUGCUAAAAUGUCUGGAGCUAAAAAUGUUUUAAGUAAACCGUCUUUUCUCAUACUAGCUUUGGAGGAAAGUGGAGAGAUAACCAUUGUUUCUGUUUGUGUUUUAUAAAAUUAUUAUUUUUGUAGCUAAAAUUUCAGUUGUUGGAUUUCAAUCCCACAGUGUUGCUUUGUGGAUAUAAAUCUCCUGGGUCUGCUAUUUCAAAGAGUAURUGUAUAACAAGUCCAGUAUAAAAUUAAACUAAUAAAAUGCACUCUUCAACAAUUUGUUAUUGAAAACAUGGCAAAUCAUUUUGGUCCAAAAAUUCAGAACAAAUUAGAUAAAGUACAUUUACCUUAAGUUUAUUCCUUGAUGCUGCUGCUUAUUUUUUGAAAAGGUGCUUGCAGUUUUGCACAAAAGAAGUCAACUUUAUUAAUUGCUGGGUUUGAAGCACUUUAGGAUUCUUCUAAAUACAACCAGUAUAUGGUGUAAAAAGGAAUGACAUAACAUGCUUAAUGUGUUUAAAUUUUGGUUGUAAUCUUUGCUAUUCUGAUAGAUUUGAUCAGCAUGUUUCUUAAAACCUGUUUUCAGAGAUUUGAAAUCAGUCACUUUUUGGGUGCUGAAAUUAAACACAUGGUAAGAGAUCAUUUUGAGAAAUACCUUUUGAGUGGGUGACUUGAUUGGCAAUGUGRCUGCCUAGCCAUCUAUUAGAUAAAGACACAGCAAUGUCUGUUCCUGUAGCAAGGGCAGCUCGCUGUGAGCACUAGGAUCCUUUUUCUAAACCAGUUUUUCUUAACUCUUGGCUAUGCAUCAUAAAGGAGUUGUAUAUGCUGUGGUAAAGCCAGGACAUCUGCUUUGUGGGACUCAGCUGCAGCAGAUGCUCUGUGACUACUGCAGGAAGACACCAUCCCUGCUCUAAAAUCCACCUUCAAACCCCUGGUAUUUGCUGGGGUUCCCUUGAGCAAAUCCCYGUGUUUUUUCCCAGGCUGGGCAGUAGCUCAGCAUUCCAUAGGCUCUUCAGGAUAACAAAAGCAGAGGAGAAAGGAAUCAGGUACGAAGAGCAUUUGAUGUUGGCUGCCUGAAGCAGAGACCAUGUUUGUUGCUGAUCACAGAGCUCCUUAAUACCCCUGAGCAUGUGCUGUUGUCUUGUACUCUAAUGGGAAAAACCUUUUUUUGAAAAACCAAGUAUGUCACAGGCUUUUCUAUGAAUUCAGAUGCUUAAAUUGGUGCUAAUUUUUUAAAAGAAAAUGUAACAGAUGGUUAGCAGUGUAUUUGUCUGUUUUUGAUACCUAUAUUUUCUUAACUGGUGGCRAGCCAAACUUUAUAAAAUUACUAAUGUGCAUUUUCAGCUUCAUCAGAUUCCCAGAUUUUCCUAAAGUAAAAUGUUUAAACUUCCAUGGUAAUUACUGCUUCUUCGGAGCCAUUGCUUUCAGGUGUUUUAUACACUAAUAAAAUGAACACAAUUAGAACAGACAGCAACACCUAACUAUCCCUUUCUUUAAAUCACAAUGUGGUUCCCCAGGUGGUUUUAGCAGUUUAGUGUGAUCAAGAUGCCUAAUUAAGAGCAAAUCAGAUACCUGUGUGCAGUUAACUCAGUACAUUGAAGCCUUACGUGGUUAUUAAGAUAAUUUAUAAAGAUUAUACAAAUCUUCAUCUAUUUUAAAGAGUGUAUAACAAGCAGAAAUAAUGAACUGUUUUUCAUACAAAUUAAAAUGUAAAUUCCAGAAAAUAUAUUAUUUAAUGUAUUACAGAACACGGGCUAUUAAAGAGUGUAAUAGGCUCAUUGGGUGAUUUGUUAUGAAAUCUAAUUUUAUCCAAUGACUCAAGUGUAGUUCUCCAAAACGUAGUUCUUUGAGAAUUUAUUUUGAAAUGCCUUCAAGUAUUAACUCCCCUCAGAGUUCUUUGUUAGUUUGGUCCUCUUUCCCACCUUCYGUUUACCAAAUGUCACCAAAAGUAGCAUCAAGCCCUAUCACUUGUUACAGUGUUCUGGUUUUAUGGCCUUAAUAUUAGUUAUAGUCUGGUAUAUAAUUUCAGAAGAAAGAUGUACUUUGAAGUCUAACUAUAGAUACAUGUGGCCUCUUCUGCCUAUGGAAUUAGGCUUUGAUUGUCAUAUCUCAUUCUCGAUGCUUGUGCAAUAGGAACAUGUUCCUCUCAAUGCAGUGGCUAUUUUGUCUGAUGCUGGACUUUGUUUUCAGGAUGACUAGAAAGGUUUUUUGGGUUUGUUUGUUGUUGUUUUGUUUUGUUUUUAUGGACAGCAGUCAUGCUUCAUUGGUUUUUUGGACUGAUACUCUUUAGGAAACUAGAAUUUCAUAAGGAAAACUGUCAAUAACUAGUUCUGUAGUUCUAGUUGAAGUCUUGUUCUGAAGCUUUUUGGGUUUUUUUUUUCUUUCCAAAAAUGGUAUUGUAAAACAGUACUAAAGCCACUGUAAAAUUACAAAUAAAUAUGUAUACAUAAAAGAUUUGAGCAGUCUGUCUUAUUUACUAUGUUUUUUUC